AUGUCUGAGUUGACGUCCAGGAUGUCCACUUUCGAUCUUCAUGAUGAUACGGACUAUGGAGUAUCUCCUUCUAAAGGAAGACAUCUUCAUACCAAGUACAAACAUGGAUUGGAGAAACUGCAGCAGCAGCAAUGGCAUCAUCUUACUUUGGACACUUCCGAUUACAGUUUUAAUUCCACAAUGUCGUCUGGAACUCCACUUAAGCAGAGGUUACAAUCGCUUAACCUUAACACCGCGGCAGAGUUUGCUUCCAGAAUUCCUAAGCGUUCUCCAAAUGCCUCCCUUAGUUUCAGUGAAGCUAACGAAAAGAGCACUCCUUCAAAGCUUCCAAGAUCUUUCACAAAGUAUAAAUUGGGGGCUUUAAAGGCUUCCACUUCUAUGUCCAGGCUCCCGCUUCCCAUGAAACGUCAUUCCAUGAUCGCUACCACAAACGUCACUAGCUCACAAAUUCGUGCACCAAUUCUUAAAGCCCAUCAAUCAUUACAUCAGCAUCAUCAUCAGUCUCCUCGUUCAAAUCAUGUUCCCCGUGAACGUCUUCGAAACCACUUUGUUUGCAAAGUCUUUGAACCACGAUUGGGGAAGCGUAUUCCCAGGAGUGUCAGUACUACGCCCUCUUUGAACCCUCGUACUCCAGAAAAGGGAGUACUUUCUUACCUCAGUCCAACCGAAUCAUCAAUCAAUCGUUCCAUUAAAAAGGAGUCAAAGCUUUAUAAAGGACGACGAAUUAUUUUCUCGACAUCCGAACCUCUUGAGAAGAGGUUGAGACUUUCUGCUUUUCAUCAACCUUCCGGAUCUAUUGAAAAAACUCGAGAUAAACGGUUGGCUGCUAUUAAAGAGGCCAAUGACAGCUUGUCUACUGCGGCUACAACAUACAAUGGUAUGUCCAGAAGUGUAAAUCCCGCACAAUCACGCAUUAUUCAGAAUCGACAGCGGCAAGAGCAGGCCCAGGCUCAAGCUCGAGCUCAGAAAAAGGCCAACCAACUUAAACGAUAUCGUCAGAAGAGCUGGAGAAGUCCCGGUAACUCUCAUAUUAGAGAAGAAAUUUACUGGCAAGGGAAGACAUCGACCGAUUCUGAUCUCUACUCGUUACUUGAAAGAGACACAAAGCUUCAUCGACUCUUUCAAAUUUAUAUUGAUUCUCUUAAACAGAUAUGCCCUCCUGAGAGUGUUUGCAACUCUGAAAAUCUAGGUUCAGUGAGGCCUGACCUAUAUGAAAAUUUGAGUGUUUACGAAAAGGGUGAGGUGUUGAAGGAUACUCCUAUCUAUUUCACCGGAAGAGGUAAAGAUUGCAAAUUGAGGGCAGAUACCAAAAGUUUCAAAACGAAUUUCGGAUUUGAUGAUGACGAUAAGAAUUAUAUAUGUAUUUCUGGCGAUCAUAUACGAUACAGAUAUGAAGUGCAGGAGAAAAUGGGCAAAGGAACCUUUGGAUCUGUGAUUUCAGCAUUGGAUCAUAAAACAGGAAGAAUAGUAGCACUGAAGAUAGUGAAGAAUCAUAUGGAGUGGUCAUUACAAGCUGUUAACGAGGUGAAGUUUCUCAAGAAAUUUAGUGAGUUUGGAAGUGCCAACAUUAUUCGAUACUUUGAUCAUUUCCAGUUUCGAUCACACAUGUAUAUAGCUACGGAAGUGUUGUCUGUGAAUUUAUUUCAGGUUAUUGAGGCCACUAAGUUUAAAGGACUCGGCUUGAUACUUGUGAGGCAGUUUUCUGUGGACAUUCUACGCGGGCUCAAAUACAUUCAUAAUGCAGGCUCAAUUCAUUGUGAUUUGAAGCCGGAGAAUUUGAUGCUCGCUUUCGAUACGUCCAAACGGGAUUUUUAUGUCAAGAUUAUUGACUUUGGUUCAUCUUGUCUGGGUGACAAGCUUACGUUCUCCUAUCUCCAGUCGAGAUAUUAUCGAGCUCCUGAGGUGUGUCUAGGUGCGAGGUACAACGAAAAGAUUGAUAUCUGGUCUUUUGGCGCAAUAGUUGUGGAACUAUUUGUAGGAAUGCCUAUUUUCCAAGCGCAGGACGAAUAUGCACUUUUGGAUGAGUUUCUAAAUUACUUCGGUCCGCCUUCAAGGGAUUAUAUUAUGAGCUUGAGAAAGGAAAUUAGUGAAAAGGGACCUAUCAGUGGAUGGGAAUUAUGUCCGGACGAAGGGGAUAAGAUUAAUUACAAUACGUUACUCUGGCGUGGAUUCAACAAUGAGGGCUUCAUUAAUUUACAUUACCUUCUCAAAAAGAGCCCGAAACAUCGAUUCCGGGCCUCCACGAAAACUGUCAAACAAUUUCUAAUGCGACAUGCGGAAUUCGAUCAGCAUGAUACCCAUAAGUUGAUAGAAAUUAGAGAAUUCUCCAAGUUCCUAGAGAGGUGUUUUUCUUGGAACAGAAAUCUAAGGGCUGGAUGUGACGACUUGUUGGAAGAUAGAUUUUUAGCUGUAAGUAAUAGGCUAUAG